UUUUUUUUUUCAGAAGCUCCGACUUAACCGACUGCAUUAAUAUAACGUAACACUUCAAUGAUUGUUGAAUGAUUAAUGAACUAUUGUGAGUGGACUGUUUUAUUGUGAAACACGAGCGGAUGGACAUACUUUUUGCGUAUAAGUAUAUUGUGAAUUGUGAUUCCGAGCUCGCUGGAAACAAACACAAGUGAAAGUUGUAAUUUUUUUUGUGGGACAUUCGACAAAAGUGAAAAUUCUCUAGAAACAAUGGACCACAUCUUUCGGCAACGUAGGAUUAGCGUGCCUAAACGGACGAGUGAACUAGUAGCGCUGGUGGCAGUGUCCUGCACAUUGUUCCUGUUCCUACACACGCGAGACCUCAGCACCAAGCUCCGGCGCAUGCAGAGACUCAACGAUGACGUAACUGCCUUUAACCAUCUCACUGACAGAAUCCAGACAGAUCGCACGGAGCAUGCGUACGCGUCUGCACAAGAGUACAAAGAGGCGCUGGAGGCUAUACGGAGGAACACCGGUGCUGAACGCAGUAAGCCACAACGUACUCUAGAGUCAGAGAUCACUAAGUCCGAAGAAGUGGAUCAAGAGAUGCACGAAGAAGUCCUCCCAGACCCCUGGGAGCUUAAUAACACGGCUCGCGCCGAUGUUGAACUAUUGUUCUUUAACCGGGUACCCAAAGUCGGCAGCCAGACCUUCAUGGAGCUAUUGAGGCGAUUGGCGAUUAGAAAUGAAUUCGGUUUCCACCGCGACGCAGUCCAGCGCGUGGAGACGAUACGCCUCGCGCCCGCUGAUCAACAAGUGCUGGCGAGUAUUGUAUCUGCGCACACGCCGCCUGCCUCCUACAUCAAACACGUUUGUUACACGAAUUUUACGAGAUACGGUUACCCGUCACCGAUCUAUGUAAACGUAGUACGUGACCCCGUUGAACGAGUUAUAUCAUGGUACUACUACGUGCGGGCCCCGUGGUACUACGUGGAACGCAAAAGGGCCUUCCCUGAUCUCCCUUUGCCUGAUCCGGCUUGGCUGAAAAAGGACUUUGAAACGUGUGUCUUAAGCGGCGACCGCGAAUGCCGCUAUCUGGAAGGCGAAACACAUGAAGGUAUCGGCGACCAUCGCAGGCAAACCUUGUUCUUCUGCGGUCACGACCCGCAGUGCACACCAUUCAACAGUCAAGAAGCUCUUCAGCGUGCCAAGCGCGUUGUUGAACAGCAAUACGCUGUAGUGGGUGUGCUUGAAGACAUGAACUCCACCCUAACAGCUAUGGAGCGGUAUAUCCCGAGAUUUUUCCGUGGCGCUUUGCAAAUGUAUUGGGAGGAACUGAACAAAUUUAAUCGUAUCAAUCGAAACGCCUUCAAGCCACCCGUAUCGGAAGCGGUAAAGCAGAUAGUCCGCGCGAACUUCACGCGAGAGAUCGAGUUUUACGAAUUUUGCAAACAAAGACUGCAUAUGCAAUUGAAAGCACUCAAAGACUCCUCCAUCACGCUGCCUGAGAUUACUAACACAAGAACUGCCACGAAUUUUAAUAUGCUAUAACACCGCGAAGACUGCUUGUAAAUUUAUAAUGUAUGUUUAAGAAUAUAGACUAUACAAAGUGGAAAAAGAUUCUAAAAAAUUGAACGAGGUACGUCGAGAUGUUAAUUAUUAUAAAAAAAUAAGAGGAUAAACAAUACUUAUUCUGUUAUUAACAACAAUAUGUAGUACA